AUGGACAAGGUGGCUGGCAUGUGGCAGCUUUGGUCUUCGUGUUGUGGCAGCGACAGAAGAUACUGGAAGACCAUUGCGCAGGUUUUCGGCGGCGCCGCCUUCGCUUGCUGGCCCCGCACGGUGACGAGAUCUCCGGCACAAGCCCGCGUCGAGCUGAAGUUCCCCGUCGGGCCGAAAGUGCGCGAGGAGUUGUGGGACUCUUUCUCGGACGACGAGUACAUCCACUCUGCCAUGAGGGAGGUCAUUGGCGAGCACCGAUGGCCGUUCGACGUCGCCGUGGUGCCCCUCUACCGCGGCGUGCCGGAGGGCGCCGGCGGCAAGACCGCCGUGGAGUUGGCGACGCAGAUGCCGCCCGAGUCCGUGGCCUGGUACAUCUACUUCGGGAUCACGCACGCAUAUUCCGACGGCGCUUCGGGACAGGCCCUGUUCAACGACCUCCUCGGAUUCUACGCCGAGGACUGCGGGCGCGCUCCCGCGGCGCCGCGGCCGGAGGCACCGGAGCCGAUGGCGCUGCUGCAGCGGCGCCUGCGCACGUCGCUCAACGGGCGCACGCGGGGGCACCAGCCCGACCCGAACCACGACGUCUACCACGAGGUCGUGUGCGAGGAGACUACGGGAAGCGCCCAGGGAUCUCGUCGCGGAUCUUCUUCGGGCCGCGGCUGA